UUGUCUCGGCAGGUGGUAUGGCUAUAGUCGCUCUUACAUCCUCUUUAAUGUUUAUAUUCAUUUUCAUUCGCAUGAAACGUGCAAAGGAAAAACAAGAGCACGAUAGAGACAUUGAACUCUUUCUCAAGAACAAUGGAAAUCUUGUACCACUAAGAUACAAAUACUCCAGCAUCAAGAAAAUGACAAAUUCAUUCAGCGAAAAUCUAGGAAGAGGAUGAUUUGGUAGUGUCUACAAAGGACAGUUUCCAGACGGCAAUCUUAUGGCAGUUAAACUCCUGAAUGAAUCAAAUGGAAAUGGGGAAGAUUUCAUGAACGAGGUCGCCAGUAUUAGCAGAACUUCUCACGUUAAUAUUGUUUCGCUUUUAGGAUUUUGUUUCGAAGGUUCUAAAAGAGCUCUCAUUUAUGACUUCAUGCCUAAUGGAUCUCUUGAAAAGUUCAUUGGCCACAAUGCUUCCUCGUCUCAAGAAUCUUGGUUAGGAUGGGAGAAAUUGUUUGAGAUCGCUCUUGGGAUAGCUCGAGGGCUAGAGUACUUGCACCAAGGUUGUAAUACGAGGAUUUUGCAUUUGGACAUCAAGCCUCAGAACAUUCUUCUGGAUAAGGACAUGAAUCCAAGGAUUUCAGAUUUUGGGCUUGCUAAACUGUGUCCUAACAGAUCAAGCAUAGUCUCUAUGAUUGUGGCAAGAGGUACUAGAGGUACUAUAGGAUACAUUGCCCCUGAAGUGUUUUCUAGAAACUUUGGAGAAGUCUCGUACAAGUCUGAUGUGUAUAGUUAUGGAAUGUUGAUUUUGGAAAUGGCUGGAGGAAGGAGAACCAUUGAUCCGGGAGAUGUUGAUUGUUCAAGUGAGAUAUACUUCCCACACUAUCUCUAUAAGCAGCUAGAGAUGAAUGCUAAAAGAGAUGGCGAUGUGAAGAGAAAUUUGGCAAUUGUAGGGUUGUGGUGCAUUCAGACAAACCCUAAGGACCGACCAUCGAUGACAAGGGUCGUAGAGAUGUUGGAAGGGAAAUUUGGAAGUUUGGAGGUUCCACAUAAGCCUUACCUUUACUCACCACCAAGAUCACCACAAAGCUUUACAACCUUUGAAUCUUUAUAAUAUUUUGCUUGAAUUUGUAUGGAAUUUGA